GGCGGCGGCAGCCAUUCGACACCCACCUCACAAGACCACAAAGACGCAACUUAAGAAUAAGCAAAUGUUUGGCGUUUCCAGGGCACAGGCUGGAUUAGCCCCUGCACCGUCAAGUGACCGCAAGCCACCUCCGCAAAUUCGCUCGUCUAGCCGAGCUCUGUAUGGCCCGCGCCAGGCCGUUAUGCCCCAUUCUCCCUGCAAUGAUUCUCUUGGGCCAAUGGAUGUCGGCGAUGGCGCUGCAGGCAGGGGUAUGAGCGAGGUUUUAGGUCCCCUUGACUGGCGAGCUAGAGGUGGGAAGCCAGACGGGACGAUGACAACAGCUCGCAUUGCUAACGCCGGGGCGAGACGUGAGUCGACGCAGGUGCCCAGUGGAAAGCCACCAACCAUGCAUAUGGCUCUUUUGGACGCUGGCGCCGGCCGGCUCUCAGAGCUCCUCGUGAUCGCGUGCCUCGGGGCGAGACGAAGCAUCAGAUCAGAGACAAAAAGAAGCCAACUGCCCUCUUCCCAGGCCCUUUUAUUCCGCCAAGAGACAUUUUGCACAAUUGAAAAUUACCGUCGGUGACAUACGUGCUUUUCUUUUUUUCUUUUUUUGUUUAUUGUUUCCAACACCUGCGCGCCUUUAUUCACAUUCUGGCCCCGUAUUCCUUCCUCUGCCCUGUUGUCGCUCCUCCAGACCCGCAUAUAUCCCCCAUUGGCCCUCCACAGUCGUCUUCUCGGCUGCAUGACUUUUCCCAAGGGUGGUGUGAGAAACAGACGAAUCUGUGUCAGUCAAGGUGUGAGCGUGUAUGGAUGGCUAUGGUAUACAUAGGUAGGCAUGGUACGGAGUAAUAUGCGUCGUCUCCAUUUUUGGGACCCCUGUUGCUACCACGACACACACUUGGCAUUUUAUAUUUAGUACUC